AUCAUCUUUCAUGGCUAACACACAUGUAUCAUUCACAAAGUAUGGAUGGUCUUCAUGUCUUUGGAUUCUUGUCAUUGGAUUUCAGUACGGAUACCAUAUUUCAGCGCUCAACCAAAUACAGGCUGUCUUGACUUGCAAGAUCGCCAACCCAAGUCUCUUCCCGCCUUAUAAAUAUGUCCCGACUACAUGCAUUCCAAUGUCCGACUUCACCUUUUCCUUUGUCACUGCCAUUUUUACCGUCGGCGGGUUGGCCGGUAGCUUGGUAGCGAAUCUCAUCAUGGACCGCUGGGGCCGCAAGGGGGCAUCCAAGAUAUGUGCUGUACUGAUGGCGGGCGGUUCGGGUUUGUUCGGUAUCAGUGGAUCAGUCGUCUCUUUGCUUUUGGGACGGUUUUUGGUCGGCGUUGGAUCGGGAAUUGGACUCUGUGUUGGACCUAUAUUUCUAGCCGAAAUCGCUCCAGCUCAGAUUAGCGGCAGUGUUGGUGUCUUAACUCAACUUGGAAUUGUCCUUGGAAUUAUGGUCACACAGAUGGUGGGCAUUCGCUUCGCGACACCGACCGGAUGGCGCCUUGUUUUCCUCUUCUCCUGUUUAUUAUCUUUGCUGCAAAUCCUGACGAGCCCACUGAUGGUCGAGUCGCCAGCCUGGUUGCUCAAAAGGCGCCAUUUCGAUGAUUACCAUAAAGUUGUGUCGAAACUUUGGGGAAGAAAACCUCCUGUUGAGCUAGAGGAGUCUCUUCUCGAGGAAGCACAGCAAUCUGAUGAUAAUCAUAUUCCAAAUGUCAACGUUCCACAACUCUUCGCACUCAGAGAGCUUCGAAGGCCUCUUGCUAUUGUCAGUCUCGCAAUGUUGUCUCAGCAGAUAUCCGGAAUCAAUGCAGUCUUAUAUUAUAGUAAUAACAUCCUUGCAAAAUCCCUUCCCGAGUUUGGGCCCUAUGUUUCCCUAGGAAUCACUGUCGUAAAUGUGCUCAUGACCUUUCCUCCUAUCGUCCUCAUCGAGAGAAUGGGUAGGAAACCCCUGCUCACGAUAUCCAUAUUGGGGGCAUUGGCCUCCCUCACUUGCAUCGGUUUUGGCUUAAACAUAGGUUCUGUAUCCCUUUCAAGCGUGGCCAUCGUAACUUUUGUCAUGUCUUUUGCGAUUGGCCUUGGUCCCAUUCCCUUUGUGAUGAUUCCAGAUGUGUCACCCGCCCAUGCUGUCUCGGCUAUCUCGUCUGUUGCUCUUUCACUCAAUUGGAUUGCAAACUUUAUUGUAGGACUGGUUUUCCUUCCACUCCGUAACUUCCUUGCAGGGGGAGACAUGCUGAAGGAAGGCAGGAUUUUCUAUGUGUUUGUUAUCCUCCUCUUUUCCUCGACCUUCAUGCUAUCUAGGAUGUAUCGAGGCUAGUGUGCUGACCGUUUGUAACUUCUACAACUGCCGAUCUUUGUAAUAUAACAUGUUUAAAUUC